UUAUUUUCAAAAAAGCUGUCAUAGUGUCAUUAAAUUCAUCAAUUUUGUUGCCUGUUGGUCUCAUUUUCAUCUCAAACUCUCAAUUUCAAGUAAUUUUGAUAUCUGCUAAAGAGAAGAUUUGAUUAAAUUGCAACUGUUUGAACGGUAACUAUGCAGUAAUACUUUAUUGUAAUUUUACACUAUCCUGCGUGUAAAUAAAACUCGUAAAAUUAACAUUUCUAUUGUAACUCAAGUUCGAAUAAAGUAUUUUUUUUUAUACGAUAUGGCUGAUGAGUACGCAGCAGUAAAGCGGGGCAAGCUUAUUUUUAAAGGAGAAAAGCCCAAAGCAAAGAAACGUAAACACAAGAAGAAGGAAAACUCAGAAGCAUCAAACAUAGAUGAGGACUCAGUAAAGCAUGGAGGUUGGUGGAAGGUUGAAAAGAUUGAAGACAUUACAGGAUCUAUCUCUAUAGAGUUUGGAAAGAACUCUUACGUUUCAGCGUUAGACAAUGGUCUGUUCACACUUGGAGCUCCACAUGAUGAAGGAGAUGGUCCUUCACCGGAGGAGAUAUUUACAGCAUUCCCAGCUGGGGAGAACAAGUUUGCGCUGAAGUCUGGGUAUGGGAAGUAUUUGGGCGUUGCAAAAGAGACAGUUGUGGGGAGAUCUGAUGCUGUGGGUGCUAUGGAGCAGUGGGAACCAGUGUGGCAGGAGGGUAAAACAGCAAUCCUAAGCUCCCUAAACAAGUUCAUGUCCGUUGAUCCUGAGGAUGACGCUGUUGUUGCCCGGAGUACUUCAGCUGGCACCAAUGAGUUCUGUAGCAUCAGGAGCAACAAGACCAAGGAGGUCAAUAAGUCUGUGCUACCUGAUGAAGAGCAAGCAGAUCUCUCACAAGUUGAAGUCAAUUAUGUGAAAAAGUUCCAGAAAUUCCAAGACAAGAAGCUCAGGCUGAAUGAUGGUGGCGUUUCAGAGCUAAAGAAAGCAAAGACAGAAGGCAAUCUACACGAAACAUUGUUAGACCGUAGGAGUAAGAUGAAAGCUGAUCGGUACUGUAAAUAGACAACUAUUAUCUGGGGCGACUAGGGCGGCGGCGGGCCUCAGCUGUGCGCCGGCAUGGCGGCGUCGCCUGCCCGCUCGCCGCGCAGCCACUCCACGAACUCGUCCAGCAUCACGGGCCCUGCAAACAAGGAAAUAUAAAUAAAUAUAUAAAACUAAUGACCAAUAGAGAAAGAAAAAUAUUUAUUUCAUGCAAUAUAACUACUAUUACAUACGAUGCACAAGUACUAAGCUUGCGGCUAAUUGACAGCUGCACAGGUCAAUGGAUCAUAGGGUUAAGCAAUGCUAGAUGCAACUGACUUUUGAAUAUUUUAGGAAGUUAGAAGCAAAGGGGUUGCUUGUAUAACUGGAUCCAGGAGGUCAGAUAGGGCAGUCGCUCCUUGUAAAUAAAACACUGACUGUAACACCCAUAAAUAUGAAUAUUUGAGCACACAAACUGAUACAUACAAGCGCCAUCAGCAUCAUAAGUAUUGAGCUGCGUGUCGACGGUGCGGCUGAACUCGAGGAUGUUGCACCACUGGUCGCGGUUGACGACGCGGUAGCGGCCGCGCUGCAGGAAGUCGGCCAGCGCCGGCCGCAGCGCCCAGCGCGGCAGCAGCACGCCCAGCAGUGCUCGCGCCGUGCCCGUCUCUAGGGACCGCUGGUCUUUGUCCUACGAAAAGAGAAAAAAUAUUUAUUAUUAUUUCAAAUAAAUAACUUGAAUUGCUGUACAUUAGUCUCGUUAAAACAUGAGAAUUUACCGAUUUGGUCACAUUUUAAAGGCGAAUGGCAGGCUUGUAUGGGACUUUCGUACCGCUAAUAAAAUUUCGUGUUUUGGGAUAUUUUUUGUUUUAAUUGAUGGGUAAUAUGAUAGACAAGCCCUUUGUAAAUUCUCAGAUUUUUAGAACUUGGGAAGUAAAAGUUAUAACCAGUUUUGUUUUUUAAGGUUAUGUACUACAGUGUACCCAUGUAGGUUGUUUUACCUAGGUGCAUAAACAUAUUAAACAUUGUUAUGGUAAUAAAAGAAAUGUUCUACCUAGCUUGUCUCUUAAUCAACAGCAAAUAACUGAACAGAGACUGAAAGAUUUUCGUUACCUGUCAAUAAAAUAAUUGCAAAUACAAAAAAAUAUUGAUGGUGAAAAUAAUUUAUAUCUAAUAAUUGUUAAUUAUUAAGAUAGUAUGACUAAUUAUUCAUUUUAAGGUAUAAUAUGUGAUUGGUUAAUAAUAUUUACUGUUAUUUCUAUUUUUAAAUAAUUAUUUAUCAUUUCAAGCCUCGAAUUACUUUAAUCUUUUAAUGGGUAUAAUUAAUUAAUCCGGAGUUCUAAAAAUACUACAUUAACAUGAAAAUAAAUGGCUUAGUAGCCUUAAUAAUUGGUACAAAUUCUAUAACUGAACAACAAAAAAAAUAUACAGUACGAAAUCUGCCGUUCGCCUUUGGCCUAUCGAUCUUCUUUAGCAACAAAUUAGGGAAAAUUAUAACAAGCAAAGUAUGUAUUUGUGUAAAACAGGGACUAAACUUAGUAGUUUCUAGGGUACCUGAAGACCCAAUUACUAACAUUCCCCUGUUUUUUGGGUAUUUCUUCCAUAUCUCUGAGUUCAGUACACAGACUUAAUUUAAAAGGGGUAAAGUGUGUACUUACCCUUGCAAAAUCAUAGGAGUAUCUGUAAAUAGCCUUAAAAAUAUAUGGAUCGUUGAGUAAGCUGCGAAGAUAUUCUAAUUUGUUCUGCAAUUUGUGCACACUGUCACACUGUAACUCUGUUAGACCUGAAAAUAAACAAACAAUAUAAAUUA